AUGAGUUUACAUGGGACUACUCGGGUUUUUUCAUGGGACUGGAGUCGGUCACCUACUACUGCGGAGGAGGUAAACAAUAAACACCAAUUGGAGGCUUUAUUACAACAGGUUACAAUAGGAGAUACUCAAGAUGCUUGGGUUUGGAACGAUGGUAAGGAAGAAGGCUUCUCUGUCGCAGCGGUUAAAAAAUGGUUACGAGGAUCGGAGACUGGAGAUGUUCGUAGUGGUUUUACAUGGAGUAAAUGGGUUCCUAUGAAAUGUAAUAUUUUCAUGUGGCGUGCGUUUCUGGAUCGUCUUCCCACUAAGAUGGCUCUGAUAAGACGAAACAUUAUGGUCGAUAACCAUUUAUGUGUGUGGUGCGAGAGCAAUGAAGAAACGGUCGAGCAUAUUCUGACAGGUUGUAGUAUUUCAGCGGGAAUUUGGAACGGGAUAUCUAGAUGGUGCAGGAUUCCAGGCAUGUUUGUGUUUCAUGUCAAUGACUUGGUGAAAAUGCACGAACACUGUGCCAUGUCGGGGAAUAAGAAGAUGGUGAUUCAUGGGAUUAUUAUUAUUGCAUGUUGGCGGUUGUGGACGGCGAGAAAUGAAAAAGUCUUUUCGAGCAAGGAUCCGAAUGUGGUGGAGAUGCUCACGGAUAUCAAGACAGUAGGUUUUUUGUGGUAUAAACAUAGGUUUAAAGGAGGUGUAGUUGAUUGGGAUCGGUGGUGUUCUUUCGAACUGAUGUAA